UGUGCCGGCUCGGUGCAGACAGAGGUUGUAAACAUGGCGGCGGACGGGAUGGUGCUCACCAACCACGACCAUCAGACUCGAGUGGGGAUCCUGACGGUCAGUGACAGCUGCUACAGGAACUUGGCAGAGGACAGGAGUGGAGUCAACCUCAAGGACCUGGUCCAUGACCCCUCACUCCUGGGAGGAGUCAUCUCAGCCUACAAGAUCGUUCCAGAUGAGAUCGAUGAAAUCAAGGAUACUCUGUUGGAGUGGUGUGAUGAUCUGGAGCUGAAUCUCAUUCUCACAACUGGAGGAACUGGCUUUGCACCACGAGAUGUUACGCCUGAGGCCACCCGAGAGGUGAUCGAGCGGGAGGCUCCAGGUAUGGCUUUGGCCAUGCUGAUGGGAUCACUCAACGUUACACCUCUGGGCAUGCUGUCCAGGCCAGUGUGCGGGAUCCGUGGAAAAACUCUGAUCAUCAACCUGCCUGGGAGCAAGAAGGGUUCUCAGGAGUGUUUCCAGUUCAUCCUGCCUGCUCUGCCUCAUGCCAUCGACCUGCUCCGUGAGGCCACAGUUAGGGUUAAAUCCACGCACGCCGCCCUGGAGCAACUGCCCUCUCCUUCCUCUCUCAUUGGUAACACUCACGGCAACGCGCACUCCAACACGCACACCAUGGAGCGCGGCACCCAGUGCGAGGAAGAGGAGGAGGAGGAGGAGGACCGGAGGAGAGGCCGCCACGGGCACAACCACCACCAUCACCAGCAUGGCUCCUCCCACAUCACCGCAGCCGCUAUCGCUGCCAAGACGAGCCAUGCUGUGGUCAUGGCUAAGGGCGGUCCCUACCUGCCUGGAGACACACCUGCCCCUCCCACUCAUUUCACAUGCUCCUGUACCCAUGAACCACAGAUCCCGGACUCUAUCAUUUCCCGAGGCGUUCAGGUGCUUCCUCGAGAUUCGGCCUCUUUAAGCUCCACCCCCUCCGAGUCACCGCGGGCAACACAGGCGACUUCCCGCCUUUCCACCGCCUCAUGCCCGACACCCAAGGUUCAGUCACGAUGUGGCAGUAAUGAGAACAUCCUGAGAGCCAGCCACAGUGCCGUGGACAUCAGGAAAGUGGCUCGUCGUCAUCGUAUGUCUCCGUUCCCUUUGACAUCUAUGGACAAAGCCUUCAUCACUGUUCUAGAGAUGACGCCUAUUCUGGGAAUCGAAGUCAUUAACUACAGAGACGGUUUGGGUCGAGUUCUUGCUCAGGACAUCUAUGCCAAAGACAACCUUCCUCCGUUCCCUGCCUCUGUUAAAGAUGGCUACGCUGUACGAGCUGCUGACGGCCCAGGAGAUCGCUUCAUCAUGGGAGAAUCACAGGCUGGACAACAGCCCACCCAUACAGUGAUGCCGGGUCAGGUGAUGAGGGUGACGACCGGGGCCCCAAUUCCCUGUGGAGCCGACGCUGUGGUCCAAGUAGAAGACACAGAGCUCCUGAGGGAGUCUGAAGAUGGCACAGAGGAGCUGGAGGUGAGGAUUAUGGUCCAAGCUCGACCCGGACAGGACAUUAGGCCUAUAGGUCACGACAUCAGGCGAGGGGAGUGUGUGCUAGCUAAAGGAACACACAUGGGCCCCUCGGAGAUCGGCCUGUUGGCUACAGUGGGAGUGACCGAGGUCAGCGUGCACAAGUUCCCUGUGGUGGCUGUCAUGUCCACUGGAAACGAGUUGCUGAAUCCAGAGGAUGACCUCCACCCGGGGAAAAUCAGAGACUCCAACCGUUCCACUCUGCUGUCCACCAUCCAGGAACACGGAUAUCCCACUAUCAACCUGGGCAUAGUGGGAGACAACCCUGAUGACCUGCUGUCUGCUCUCCAUGAGGGAAUCAGCCGUGCUGAUGUCAUCAUCACCUCAGGGGGUGUGUCCAUGGGAGAGAAGGACUACCUGAAGCAGGUGCUGGAUAUCGAUCUUCAUGCUCAGAUUCACUUUGGGCGAGUCUUCAUGAAGCCAGGUCUUCCUACUACCUUCGCCACUGUCGACAUUGACGGAUCACGGAAACUCAUCUUUGCCCUGCCAGGUAACCCCGUAUCUGCAGUGGUGACGUGUAACCUGUUUGUUAUUCCUGCUCUGAGAAAAAUGCAAGGCAUACUGGACCCGAGACCAACAAUCAUUAAAGCUAGGCUUUCCUGUGAUGUGAAGCUGGAUCCAAGGCCAGAGUACCAUCGCUGUAUUCUCACCUGGCAUCACCAGGAGCCACUGCCCUGGGCACAAAGCACAGGUAACCAGGUCUCCAGCAGGUUAAUGUCGAUGCGUAGCGCCAACGGUCUGCUGAUGUUGCCUCCUAAAACGGAGCAGUAUGUGGAGCUGCACAAAGGAGAGGUCGUGGACGUCAUGGUCAUCGGACGGCUAUGAUGCAGACUUCAACGUCACUCGCUACCGAUUACCAUGGCAGUGCCAGGACUUCCUGUCUGGACAGGAAACGGGCGGGGGCAGGAAGUGAUGCAUGUCUACCUGGUCGCCAUUAGCUGUGAUGUCAUAUGCAACAGCCAAUCGGAGCCAGCGAAGGCUGAGUCCUCAUUGGUCUGCUCUGAGGAGAUCACUGUAUUUCAAUGGAGAAAAAAAUGUGAAAAAAUAUAUGAAAUAUGAGAUUUAUUCUGUAAUAUUAUUAUUAUUAUCCUGAUGAUAAUGAUUAUUAAUAUUCUUAAUUAAUAUUCUAUUUAUUAUUAUUAUCAUGGUUCUGAUUGAAUAUUAUCAUCUUAGUAGUUAUCAUGCCCUCUUCUCCCAGUUCAUUUGCUUUGUGCGUUUGACAUUUUUCCCUGGUAGAUAUAGAGAUAUAGAAACUUUCUCCUCCGUCCUCCACUCCGCCUCGCCUUUUUUCCUUCUCUGCCCCUUCUUUCUCUCUUCUUCUUCUACUUCUACUCUUUCUUCUUCUUCUUCUUCUUUUCGAUAUAGAAACUCCUUGAUUACCUCUCCUUGCACUACCACUACAUCUGCUCCUCAAACACUGACCCUUACAUCAGUAUUGACAGAUAUGUAUGAACUAAAGACUUUUAAAGAUAUCUUUUGAUCAAAGCUGCUGAUAUAGUUUGUGCCAGUGCAGAAAAUAUUACCCUUUUUGGGGGAAAAAAGGAGAAAAUACAAAGACAAGUUUUUUUUUUUUUUUUAAGAUAUUACACUUUUUAACCAUCCUAAGACACUAAAACUCAUCUAUGAAAGCCAUGAAGCUCUUAACGGUGGGUCAGUGGCCAUACUGGAAUGAUUCCUCUGAUCCUUACAUCAAAUAUUAUUGCUUCUAUAAAAAAACAUAGUCAUUUUAUAUCACAGAUGGGACGCUGAUAGAUUAAUACAACAGUAACCCUGCAUUCAAGUGCUGUUUAUUCAUAAUUUAAAGGCAUAAAACACAAACAUGUCAUACUGAGUUAGUCUUUUAUAAAAGUGCCAAGUCAAAAGUUUAACUACUAUAAAAGGAUAAAGCUUGUGAUAUUUUCCUUUCUUUUUAUACAGAUCCCACUGAAUGACUUGAAACCACAGUUUUUACUCCUACACUUUAGUUUCUGAACCGAUCCUGGACACAGUAUAAAACUUUUUACUAAGGCUUGCUGUUUUAAGGCUGAUAUGUAGCUUAAUAUUUAUAAUUUAAAAGAAGGAUUCAAGAGAAUAUAGACAAAGCUAUAUGUUUAUCAAUCUUCAAAUGUUACUGUCUCAAAAAAUAAAUACCUGUGUGUACAACUGCUAACCUUGCAAAGCUGUGAAUUGCCCAGAUUCCAUGUCUGUCUUCAGGUAAACCUGUCUCCCAAGCAAACCGAAAUGUUUGCGCCUGUGCUAAGGAACGAACAAGUCUGCAUCAUUUGAGAAAAUGAGGUAGCAACUAUAGGCCGGGUUUAGUAUUACUCCAAGCUGGUGAACAAUGGCAGCUAGUGAAGCAGAUAGCUGAAAUACAACUAUAGCAGCUGUUUUAUCAGAACUGGAUGAUGUUGAUUAAUAAAAAGAAGUGCAACUGUAAGCUUUUCUUGUAGGAAAAGAUGUUUAUUGCCCUUUUCCUUACCAGCUUCAGUAAGAGUUUAAUUUACCAACUGGUUCCACUGAUAGGGGUAAACAGUAACAGCUGCCUGUUGAGUUCAUGUUAUGUAGUUUACUUUCAUGGCUGCUCAUGAUUACUGCAUCAUACUGCAUGUUUUUCACUCUGAAAUGCCUGUCAUAAAAUUGACCAACAGAAUAUGCGUCUAAUCACCCUUUAUGAUAUGUUUUUUAAGUUUUGGCUCUUCCCAGAUAUGGGACCUCCAUGGGACCCAGCCAAACUGGGGGCCUAUGGAGGUGAGCAAAACCAUGGUCCAUUGUGAAGUUAAGCUGUGAAAACCAUAUUUUAUAUUUGACCUGAGUAAUAAUCACUC